AUGUCCGCUGCCACCGAAGUGCAGGCUUUGCUCAGGUUUCUGACCAAAGAUGCUCGCAUACCUCUGGCCGAGGCGAUGCCCAAGAUCAAUGUGCUGCGAAAACUGCAACUGAAUACGCCCGAGGCCAUCUCCAAGGCUUCCGAAGAUGAUCUCAAGUCUUUGUUUGCUGAUGAAAAAGUGUUGAGACAGGUUGUCAAUGCGGCAAAGCGCGUCUCCAAUCCUAAAAAGCGCACAGCCAGUGCAUCGGUUGCUUCAGCCUCGAAACGCGUGAAGUCGAAGGCCGAAACCAUCGACGAUGAAGCUUCUCUGUCCCUUCCUCAGACGAGUCUCUCCGUUGACGAACUAGCUGAAGUCGUCAUCGAGACGAACCGAGCACCUUUGUUUCUCGCCUUUACCAUUGUCGUUCUUGCCUAUACCCAUCCUGAGCAACCAAUGUCAAGUAGGUGGAGUCUCGCGCAGGCCGUUGUCAGCGCUGGAGCCCAGAGCAAGGCCAAAUACCUGGGAUUAACAACAGGCCCUACAGCCGAAGAGGACGGCUGGGCAGUGGGACAGCCAAAGGUGAAAAUCAUGGGGCGAGAAGUGGCCGUCAUGCGAAGACAGGUGUUGACCAAAAAAGAGGACGAGCAAACUGCUCCAACUACCGCUUUCUGGGGCUUGGACCUGGAGACUCUUCGCAGGUCUAAUGGUCCGCUGAUAGCAGGUCAAAACGGCAAGGGCAAGAGUGGUCCACCGAUUUACAGACCUGAGGCACCGCUAAACUAUCUACUCAAGUCAAUGAUUGUGGUUGACACGAGCGCAGAAGCUGAAAAUGGGACGGAGACCCAAAAAUCCAGUGCCAAACAGGAGAAAGCAAAAGAUCUGGCUACAAGAAAGGAAGAGGCUGCGGCGAUCAUUGUCAAGGCCAUUGAUGUUGUCUGCCAGAGCUGGGCAUCUUCUUUGAGCAAGGAAGAAUUAGAUCGAAGGGCUCAGACAUGGUACACUCUGGUCAGGCCAGAAGUGGAUCAAGGCCAAGCCGGAUGGGGCCAAAGAGGACGAGUGCGCCUCGAAGACAUAUUGAAGUUCCGAAAGGGAUGA